AGGACAAUCGCGCGGAUGAGUUCGUUUGGCAUCGCCCUGUGCCCCUGUUGGGUGGGGUUUACAUAUUUUAGAUCAUGCCAUUGUAUAUUGGUCGCAAAACGGAAUCUCCACCGCCGGGGCACCGGGCCAUGCAAAACGAAAUGCACUCAAUACUUAUUUCUACGUGCAACGUUAUGCUGCCAUAAACACUCCCCUUUUUUUCCCCUCAAGUCAUUUACCCUACAAAACCUGCCCAACCAUUCCUCCACUGUCAUAUCAGCUGAAAGAAUUUAUAGAAAGGCCGGAUCCCUGUGGAUACCUUGGACGAACAAAGUCUGCAGGAUGGCAACUAAAUGCACAGGCUGUGGACCUGGCUACAAAAGCCCACUGGAUGCCAUGAAGGGUCCACGUGAGGAGAUUGUGUACCUGCCCUGCAUUUAUCGCAACACUGGAAUCCAAAAACCAGACUACCUUGCCACUGUCGAUGUGGACCCCAAGUCUCCUACUUAUUGUCAGGUCAUCCACAGACUGCCCAUGCCCAACCUGAAUGACGAGCUACACCACUCUGGUUGGAACGCCUGCAGCAGCUGUUUUGGCGACUCAUCCAAGAAGCGCAACCGACUUAUCCUGCCCUCGCUCAUCUCCUCCCGGGUCUACAUAGUGGACACUGGGACAGACCCCCGCGCGCCACAGAUGCACAAGAUUGUGGAGCCCACAGAUAUCUUCUGGAAGACGGGCCUGGCCAACCCCCACACCACACACUGCCUGGGCAAUGGCCAGAUUAUGAUCAGCAGCAUCGGAGAUCCAUCUGGCAAUGGAAAAGGUGGCUUUAUCUUGCUGGAUGGUAAAACGUUUGAGGUGGUUGGUAACUGGGAGCUUCCUGGUGAGGCGGCACCUUUUGGUUAUGACUUCUGGUACCAGCCCCGACACAACGUCAUGAUGAGCACCGAAUGGGGAGCGCCCAAAGCCCUCGCCUACGGUUUCAACCUGGAACAUGUCAAAGAAGGUCUCUAUGGAUCGAAGAUCCACGUGUGGGACUGGACCACUCACAAGCGGCUACAGUCCCUGGACCUGGGGGAGGAGGGCGCCAUUCCUCUGGAGAUCCGCUUCCUCCAUGAUCCCGCCGCCACGGAGGGCUACGUCGGCUGUGCACUCCAAGGAACCGUCUUCCGUUUCUACAGGACACCAAAAGGAGAAUGGGCUGCUGAGAAGGUUAUCCAUGUCCCCAGUAAGAAAGUGGAGGGAUGGGCUUUGCCAGUGAUGCCAAGUUUGAUCACAGAUAUUCUGAUCUCCCUGGAUGACCGCUUCCUAUACUUCAGUAACUGGCUGCAUGGAGACAUACGACAGUAUGACAUCACAAACAGGAGGAACCCACGUCUGGCUGGCCAGCUUUUCUUGGGAGGGAGCAUCCUAAACGAUGGCCCUGUCAAAGUACUGGAGGACCCAGAGAAUCAGAGCCAACCACCCCCACGCAUAAUCAAGGGGAAGAGGAUCCCAGGGAGCCCCCAGAUGUUGCAGCUCAGUCUGGAUGGGAAGAGACUGUACGUCACCACCUCUCUCUACAGUGGCUGGGACAAGCAGUUCUACCCAGAAAUGAUAAAGGAGGGUUCUGUUAUGAUGCAGAUUGACGUGAACACAGCCAAUGGUGGCCUCAAGGUGAAUGAGAACUUCCUGGUCGACUUUGGGAAAGAGCCCAAUGGCCCGGCCUUGGCCCACGAGCUACGAUACCCUGGGGGAGACUGCACCUCUGACAUCUGGCUGUAAAGUUACGCAGGAGGCCCAGUUUUCCCCCUCUCAUUCCCAUCAUACUUUACAUAGACUUCAUGUAACUCAUAUUAGUUGGGAACGGGUGGGGAAGGAGGCAUACACUUGAGCCUCAUGCCCGAUAAUGCUGCCUAUUCAUUCCAUGCUGCUUUGCUUUAAAUGCAUAAUUGUGCCUUAAGUCAUUAUCUCAUCUAUGGACCAAAUGUUCUUUGUUACUUCCAAUGCCAGUGGUGAAACUGAAGUUUAAAAAAAAUAAACAAAUUCUAACAUGGAAUUCAUAGACUAACA